AUUUCAGGCGUUGUCUCACACCCGUUCCUCCACUUCCUCUCCUCCAUUUUUUUCCCCCAAAUCCGGCGCAAGGACCCGAAAGCCAUGGACGCCGGUUAUGGCGGCCGAGUUGAAGCUCAGCGUCUGCUAGAAAUCGCCGACAAACUCCUACUAUCGCGUGAUCUUGUCGGAAGCAAGCGCUUCGCUGAGCGAGCUCUUGAGUCUGAUCCUCUCCUCGAAGGCGUCGACCAGAUCCUCGCCGUCGUUGAUGUACUUCUCGCCUCACAGAGACGCGUCAACAACCAACCGGACUGGUACUCCAUUCUCCAACUCCCUCACCCUUCUUCUUCCUCUUCCGCUUCCGGGGACAAUCGACUCGACAUCAAGCGCAGCUUCCGCCAUCUUGCUCUUUUACUGAGCCCUAAUCUCAACAAGUUUCUCUAUGCUGACUCAGCUCUACGCAUCGUAUUCGACGCUUACGCCUUUCUUUCCGACCCCGCUAAGAAAUCCCUUUUCGAUUCCCAGCUCGGAUCAAACAGCCCCCCGGUGGCUGCCGCUCAGCCGCCGGAUCGUUCGUUCUGGACUUCAUGCCCUUCUUGCUUCCACGUGUUUGAGUACGAUCGCGUUUACAUUGAUCGUACGCUUCGGUGCCGGAUUUGCAUGCGGCCUUUUCAUUCCGCCGAAAUGGCGGCGGCGCCGCCUAUUGUGCCGGGGACUGACAUGUAUUAUUGCUCGUGGGGUUUUUUUCCAGUAGGGUUUCCUGGGAGUGGCUUUCCUAACUUUAAUGUGCCGCAGUUCGGAGAGGGGUGGAAGCCGUUCUAUCCGGUGAGCCCGAGAUGGGGGGACCAAAAGGAGGGGAAUAAGGAGAAACCUUUGAAUGCUGUGCCGGUUAAUGUUGCCAUGGGAAAUCCUAAUGCUGAUGCGGGGAAUAGUGGGAGGAUGGGUAGUAUCGUGAAGCCUAAUAAGAGAGGCUUGCCGAUGAGAAAUAAGAAGGUGGUUGCGAAGAAGAGAGUAGGUAAUUAUGAGAAAAAGAUUGAUCUUUUCGGAGAAACUGAUUCAGAGGCCGAAGGGCUGGAGACUGGGGGUGUGGGAAGCGGCACUGUGGCUCCUGCUUCAGAGGGGGAAGGCAUUACUAACUUUGAUAUUGACCUGGAAGCUACGGAGGAUCUUCUGAGUAAUCUGCAUGAUCUUCCCUUUGUCUAAGAGGAAGAAUUCAAAUCUCUCUCUCUUAGCUUUUGAGAUUAGUAAGGUGUAGGAAGGGAAGGCGGCAGUUUUGUAUCUUAUGCUUUUUUAUAUGGAUAUAGUGAUGUAGUGGAAAUGCUGAAUGAAGUGUAUAAAAUCUGAAGAUGGAAUAUCGGAAUAUUUCCUGCCGAUGGAGGAUUUAGCAAUUUUUUUAGUUAAAUGGUAGUCUAUCUUCUCAAGUGCUGCCCACGCAUUCUUGUCUCAGUAUGGAUGCCAAAAUCUUCUGCUUAUUUUCAUAAUUUUUGCAGGUAUGUUAAACUCAACUGUUGUAGUGACUUUUCAAUAUCUCAUUUUGAUGGAUUGGCUAAUUGAACUAGAAAUGUGGAUGCAGCUAAUCAAUAAUUGAUUGCUUCUGUUUUA